AUGUAUUCACCUAACUUUAAAUUGAAUUACUAUGAUCUUUGGAAUGAAAAUGAUUCCAAGGAGAUAGAAUUAUAUCAGCCACCAUUAUCAGCAUAUUCUCCAGAAUAUUCUGGAUCUUCUAAUUUGAAAUUUAAUUAUUAUAUACAAAAUAACACUAAACAGCCAAAUCAAAUAUCUCCAUCAAUUCAAAUCAAGAUGAAUAAGUUAUCCACUAUAAAGUAUUUUGGUUAUAAGAGUUUGAAACCAUUGGGUGUCAACAAAACCAUGGAACAAAUGGAUAUGGAAUUCCAAGAAACAGAUUUUGGUAACGAAACUAAUCUUGAAACAAACAUAGAACAUCUGGUAAUUGAAGAAGUAAGAGAGGGUAGAAUUGAAGGUAACACAAGAGAUUUGGACGAUGAAAUACCCGACUUGGAUUCUGACGACGGGUUUAUGGCUCAAGACGUAGAAUAUCAAAAUGACCAUUCAAUUCCUACCAGAGAUGACGAGGAUAUGAUUUUAGAAGAUGAGUAA